AUGUCAAGCAAAAGCAGUAAGGAUCACGAGAAGGGAAAAAUGAAAACAAAGGCUAAUACAGCAUCCACCUCAGCACCAAUUGACAUCCCUGGCUCAAAAGAGAAAUCCAUGAAGGCGUCAAGCAAUGAUGAGGAAGAAGAUGAUACGGUUCCUCCACAUGAAUACAUUGCUAGGAAGCUCGCAAGGAGCCACAUUUCAUCUUCCUCUGUGACUGAAGGGAAGGGGAGGACACUCAAAGGGAGAGAUCUUACUAAAUUCAGGAAUGAUGUUUGGAAAAAAACUGGCUUCAUAGAGUAG